AUGGCCAAAGGUGACAAGUCCUCAAAAACUAAAGCUAAGAAUAAUAUUAAAAGAGGAAAGAAGGUAGACACAAAAAAAGCAAAGAGGCAAGUUUUACAAGAAAAGAACAAUGACACAGAUUGUGAAGAUGAUUUUAAAGCAGAUUCUAAUAAAAUGAAAGAAAAACUAAAGCAAGGGAAAAAUAAAAUAAAAAGAAACAAAGAUACAGGACCAGCAAAAACCAAAAAAAGGAAAAUAAAUAAACAACAGAAACGGUCUCGCACGUUAGCUCGCUCAAUUGACAGUGAAUCUGAAGAAAAUUAUGACGAUUGUAUUCCUUAUGCUGAUAGCUCUAAUGACGGUGACUGGGAAGUGGAAGGAGUACCAGAGUUGGAUACUCGUUGGUAUUGCUUUAUUUGUGGUACUGAAGAACUCUUGACAUCAUUGACAGCAAGUUAUUAUUCUGCGUUUUAUUACUAA